AUUUGAAACCGGCAAAGAAGUGGGAAAUCACUUUUAUCGGCAUUGCAACCACACUGUUUCUCGAUUCUCUUCCAAUCAUUUCUCAACUACCAUCAAAAUGGUGAGCAGCUCCAACGGAGAGUCGGCGAGCGACGCGCUCGAAUCCCAGUCCAAGAGCCUCUUCUCCGAGGGCGAGAAGGUUCUCGCCUACCACGGUCCCCGCAUCUACGAAGCCAAAGUUCAAAAAGCAGAGUUCCAGAAGCAUGAGUGGAGAUAUUUUCUCCAUUACCUUGGUUGGAAUAAAAAUUGGGAUGAAUGGGUAGGCAUGGAUCGGCUGAUGAAAUAUACCGAAGAGAAUAUUAUGAAGCAACAGGCCCUUGAUAAGAAAGCUGGAGUUGACAAGAAUACUAAAUUAGGGCGUUCUGCUCAAACAAAACCAAAAAGUUCAACUGAUGCUAAAGUGGAUAAAGGGGAGGCAAAGACCACAGCUACAAAGGGGAAAAAGCGAAAGGCUGACUCAGGGAUUGAGGACAACCCAACAACAGAAAAUCUCAUCAAAAUUCACAUUCCUCCCAGUUUGAAGAAGCAAUUAGUUGAUGAUUGGGAGUUCAUUCCUCAGCAAAACAAGCUUGUGAAGCUCCCGAGAUCACCAAAUGUUGAUGAUAUAUUGACAAAAUAUCUGGAACACAGGUCCAAGAAGGAUGGCAUGAUGACUGAUGUGGUUGGAGAAAUUUUGAAUGGGUUAAGAUGUUAUUUCGAAAAGGCUUUGCCAGCUAUUCUUUUGUACAAAAAAGAAUGCCUGCAGUACCGGGAGGCUGUUUCGGAUAAUACAUCUCCAUCAACUAUAUAUGGAGCUGAACAUUUGUUGCGCCUAUUUGUGAAAUUGCCAGAAUUGUUAAUUGAUGAGGAGACUUUGAUUCGGUUGGGGCAGAGAUUGCUCGAGUUUAUCAAGUUUCUGCAAAAUAAUGAGAGCGCUUUCUUCCUCUCGGCAUAUGAUGGUCCUAAAGUUAGUGAAGGAGGUGGCAAGAUGAAGGAUAGCUGACCAGCAUGUGUUCUUGUUAUUAUUCUUGGCUAUGAUAUACCGGCAAGAAGCCUCAGUAUUGUAUGAGUAAGCAUGUUGUUGUUGUUGUUGUUGUUAGGCUCUUUAACUAGCAAAAACUUAUCGUUGUAGCAACAUAUACUCGUCUUAGAAGAAGGAUGCAUAGUUUCCCUUGAUUUUCUUAUAUUUCAUUUUUAUUACGGACUAUGUAUAAAUUUUUUAUAUUUCAAAGCAAACGUAACCUCAUUAUUUCAAACUGGGUAUUAUUCCUAAA